UAAAGAGUUUCACAAAUACUUCACAUAAGCAUUAAUCAAUACAAGUUGUCAUCCAUGAAUAUUCAAGGAACACUUUAUUAACCAUGAAUACAAGAAAAUAUGAUUGCCUCUAGGGCAUAUUUCCAGUUUGGUGCAAUUCAUGUGUGCAAAAUGGCUGUAAAUUUGAUGCAGAUAUUAUAAGCUCUAAAAGUUUAACAAACAGUAAGAGCUGCAAAGGGCCUGUGGGUGGAAGUUAAUAAUAAUAAUAAUUAUUAUUAUUAUUGAGGAAAUGGGUGGAAGUUAUUGGUAUGAAUAUCUAGCUAGUUGUAUGCCACAGCCCUAAAGGGCAAUAUCACAGUACAGGAAAUACAUAUUGUGGUAAAACCUUAGAGCACAGUGUAAAACGAUUGGAACUAUAGGUAGAUGAAAAGCUGUACAUUGCCCUAGAAGAUACAGCAUGAUUUUCUGAGGCACUGGCCAAUCCUUUUUGAGUUCUCAAGGACAUUAAGACUUGAGAUUCCAUCCACCAUGUUCGUGCAAGCCUCUAUCUGUAUCUCUUAUUUUAUUGGAUUAUUUCUUUCCAAUAACAUUCCAUACAAUCUCGUAGCGCCCCAUACUGCAUUAUUUCUAAGGAUAAACGUAUGCUUGUCCUGGUUUUGAACAUCACACUCGUUUUUGUUUUUUCCAUAAUGCAUGAAUGCUAAGGGAGAUAUCUCUGCAAUCAUUGAAACCAGCCUUCAGACACCGGCCACUCCGACCUCCGAUUGGCCCGAGAUUGCCUAACCAAUCGUGAUCUUGGAUAAGUCACUUUCCUACCAACUAUCAGUUGACAUUUUCUAACCUUAUAAUGUGCACAUCAUCCAGAGUUCCAGUCAACACCUGGAGCGGCCGCUAUCACCACAGUUCAUCCCCAGCCGUGGGGAUCCAUUUCUUUAAUGAUGAUUAUGUUUCUAACUUCUGCAACUCUUGUCGGUUUCUUCAACCUUGUCUUCAGUAUAAAUACACCCCUCACAGCCCACAUUUUUCCUUCACCAAGCACGUCUAACAGCACAGCACAGGCCUCAUAUCACUUCUACUUUCACAUCCCUUACUGAUAACAAUGGAGUCUGGAGGAGUGAUUGCAGAGGCAGGCUGGAGCGUGGUCGGGAUGCCAUCGCAAGCCGAGGAGUCGGAGAUAAUGGAGCAGCUACUUGGUACCUUCCCCUCCAAUUAUGAGGAAGGUGACCAAGAGUUUCCAUGGCCUAUUCAAGCUUCCAAUGCAUUCUACUCCCAUUGCAAUGCUAGUUCUAGUACAUAUAACUCCACUAACAGCAAUAGUUCUGGUAGUCCCACUUUUGUUGUGCCAUCUGAAUAUGGGGGCUACUAUUUGAGCAACUCAAAUGAGGCCCUACAUCUCAACUUCUGCACUGCACCAAUGCACCUGCACAUGGACCAGGAACAAGGUGCAGCUCAGUUUAUGGAUACUAUUCUUAACCCUCACGGGAGUAGUGAUUCAAGCUGUGAGGAUCUUGGGGAUUCUGGCAUGAAUCUACUUGAUUCCAUUGGUGCUUCUGUCAAGAGAAAGCAUCUGGAACAAGGCAAACUCGAUGCCCCAACAAGAAGUCGGAAAUGCGCAAGGAAGUCUGACUCGAAGAGGGUGAAGAAGACCAUGCAACGGGAACUCCAGGAUGGAGGCGUUGCUGCGAAUGGGCAAAGCUCGAGUUGCUGCACAUUUGAGAAUGACUCGAAUGCUUUUCAUGGACCUGUUGCUGCUAAACUGAAUGGCAAGGCUCAAGCUGACCGCCGGUCAGCAACUGAAUCCCAAAGCCUCUAUGCUAAGAAAAGAAGAGAGAGGAUCAACGAGAGGCUGAGGAUAUUGCAGAAUCUUGUACCAAAUGGAACCAAGGUAGAUAUCAGCACUAUGCUUGAAGAGGCUGUGCAGUAUGUGAAGUUCCUGCAGCUUCAAAUUAAGCUCCUGAGCUCUGAUGAAAUGUGGAUGUAUGCUCCGAUUGCGUACAAUGGGAUGAACAUUGGAAUCGAUCUGAACCUCUCUCAGCACUGAUAGACAACUUCUAACAAUCUGAAGUUACAGAAACUUCUGCAAACUAUACUUCGAAUAUAAUUCGGAUUUGUAGACAUAAGACAAACUCUUUGUCACUAACAUGUUCCCGGUCUGAUCAAUAAGCCAUUCUGGGGAACCCAACCUUUCGACAAAAAUGAAGGUCGAAAGUAAACUUGUUCUUCAGUUUUUUUUUUUGGGUAACCAACCUGCAGUUACUGAAGAACCGGCUUGAAUCCCACAAGGAUAUGGCAAAAGAUGUAGUUACUGUACACCGGGAAGAGGCCCUGAAACUUGUCAAGAUAAGAAAAGGCAACGGGUCUGAUAAACCACAUCUGGAGGCUGUCGUUUCGUUCUUCGCUUUCUAUCAUUGUUUUCUUUUUUUCUUUUUUUUUUAAUUUGCUCUGGUAGCAAAUUAUGUAUACAGUCAAACUGAGUCUGAGUGUACGAAAAUAAAAUAAAAUAAUCUGUGUCUAGCUGGCACUUUGGAGGCA